GUGACAGAAAGUGUUAAUUGUGGUUGCAAAAACCAAAAAGCUAAUUAAAAUAAACGCCGGCUAUAAUAAUUUACAACGGGACAUCAUUUUCAUUAUUUAUAUUGAUUAGUAUUACAGUUAGGCGAAAAUAUAUUAAACUAAAGGAUACUAUGGCUGAUAGUAUUGAUACCCCGGGUGCGAAUAACGAUGCAAACGCUGUGCCUAACGGCAAUGAUGGAAGUGAAAACAAAAGUGGUGAUAAAUCUCCACCUCCACCCGUAACGCCACCCCCACCUGAAGUUGAAACACAGGAAAUCAUUGUUAUUAAUGAAAAUACCGAGGAACUUGAUCUUAAUCAUGGUAAAAUCGGUAAAAUUGAAAAUCUGGAACCUUUGAAGCAUUUAGAAAGACUAUAUCUUCGUUGGAAUUUGAUAAAGACGAUUGAGGGCUUAAACACGCUAAACACACUGGUUGAGCUUGAGUUAUAUGACAACCAGAUAACUGUCAUUGAAAAUUUGGAUAAUCUUGUAAAUCUGGAGAUUCUGGAUUUAUCAUUCAAUAGAAUUCACGAAAUAUCUGGGCUGGAUAAACUUCUGAAUUUAAAGAAGCUUUUUCUAAGUUCAAACAAGAUUACAGAAAUAAAAAAUGUUAACCACCUCACCAAGUUGGAACUGCUUGAACUUGGAGACAAUAGAAUACGGGAAAUCAAAAACCUAAAUGGGUUACUGACACUCAAACAACUGUACCUAGGAAAAAACAAAAUAAAUAAAAUUCAAAAUCUUGAAGAUCUUUCAAAUUUAGAAAUACUCGUUUUACAAAGUAACAGGAUAAUAAAAAUCGAGAAUCUAGAGAAUCUAACAAAAUUAGAUCAACUUUACAUCUCAGAGAAUGGUCUUACAACUAUUGAGAAUUUGGAUUACCAAGUGAAGUUAGAAACAUUAGAUUUGUCAACAAAUAAAAUUACAGUCAUUGAUAAUGUUCGGCAUAUGGUUGAUUUGGAAGAACUCUGGUUAAACGACAAUCAAAUAUCAGAAUGGUCUUCAAUAGAAUACCUUCAAGAGAACAAGAAACUUACUACCAUUUAUUUAGAACGGAACCCUUUGGCCUCAGACCCAGCUUACAGGCGCAAACUAAAACUCAUCCUGCCAUCGCUACAACAAAUUGAUGCGACUCUGUGUAAAUAAAUGUUAUUGAAUCAUUAGCUGGCGAAUGAAAUAAAAAUAUUUUUAUUUUAUCUGUCAUCCCUGGCUUAUGUGUUAUUUUUCUCUAAUUACUUAAGUGUUCAUACAAUUUGGUUCCGUAAUUAGUGAUGCCUAAAAUUUUAGGUGAAAUGUAUGUACCAUAACAUCAUCUUGGAUUCUGCUAUUUUAAUUAGUAUUUAAAGUCAAUGAUUGGUUUUUAAUCAUUUACCAAGUAAUUUUUAGUAAUACUAAUUAUUAUAAGUUUGAAAAUUUGUUUUGAUAAUCUAUUAUGGAAGGCUAUAUAAAUCACAAGUGAAUCCGUUUGUACUAGUUAACUAUACAUAUUCUACUACAUUGUGUCUUCUCUUAUAAGAUCUUGUGUAUGCAAUGAAUCUUUUUGGUUAAUUUCGUUCGCCAGCUUAGUUUCGUUGUCAGGUCGCACGAUUAAUCACUUAUUGCUGAUUUCCAUUUAAAGUAAUUUGUAAAUUACGUCAUCGACCAGUUUUCGUAUUAUUGUGUAAUAAUUGUAUGUUAUGUUAGCUUUAGUAUGGCGUAUUGUAGUUUAUAUAUGUUCCUUAGAUUUUAUGAGAAACUAUUUAAGAAAUUUCUAUAUAGCGCUCUGACUAUUUGAUAUUUGAAUCAAAUACAAAAUCUCCAUUAUUAUUUUCAUCUGCACAAAUAUUUACAUGGUAACACAUUUUGAGAUUUCUGUAUUGAAAUUUCUUAAAAAAUAUUUUUUGUAAUAUUCAUGAUCGCUGUUUAAAUUAAAAAUAAUAUGCGUCCUAUUUUAGUUUAGCUAUUAGUUGGUAGUAGUAGUUAGUUAUCUGUGUUAAAUAUGACAUAUUACUGUGCCUUUACUCAAUACAUUUUUUGAAACUGCAGCUAUUUUAGCUGCUUGGUGCAAACCUUUAUAAGUAUUAUUUUCCCAUACAUAACUAUACAAUCCGUCCCUUCGCCUUGUGCAUGUCUAACAUUACCUUCUUACUAUGAGGAGGCUAUCUCUGGAACUACUGAAUCAAGUUUGAGAUUUCUUUCCUUAAGUACAAAGCUAAAUUAAUCCUAUUAUUUCGCAAUAAUAUGUAUAUCGAUAUUAACAAAUAUACGUUUCUUAAUUGCCUUACAGAAUAAGAGAAAUAAAAAUCAGUUUUAACCAUAAACUAUAGAGAAAUGAUUUUCAGGCAGUCUCGGAAUCUCAUUCGAGCCUUGUGACCAAGCAACGCCCUCUGUUGGGCGUACUGAAUAAGGUUAAUUUUGAAUUGUGAAUAAUACUUUAUAUUUAUAAUAAAAAAUGAACUAUU